AUGACUAGCAAAAAGAAGCAGUGGAAAAAAGCAAUUGAUCACGAUGAACUCCUUGAUGAUCUCCACUAGCACAACAAAUCUAAGAAUAUCUUAACUGAGGCUAAAUCACUUAAGGAUGACGAUCUUUUCAAAGUCAAUGUGAACAAGACAGAUUUAAAGAACUAAAGAGAAAAGCUUAAGAGAGAUAGGUUCAAGGAAAAGGAGAAGCUAUAUACAUCAUAGGUUGAAUAAAAACUACUCAAAAAGUUGCUAGAUAAGCAAGAAAGGAAAGUGCCUAAAAAGAAGGAAGAAGAAAUUGAAGGUGCAGUAUAAGACAUAUGGGGUUCAGAGGGAUCUAUAGUAAAGACUUAAAGUUUAGGUAGAAACUUUGAUAAGUUCAAGAAAUUCGCUUAGAAAACAUAGGUCAAAACUAAAGCAGUGGUAGUCCCACUUGGUGGUCAAAGCUACAAUCCAAGUGCUAAGGAUCAUAAGGAAGUUAUUAAGAAGGUAGUUGAAUAAGAAUUCAAGGAAGUGAAGGAACAAGAAAAGAUCUUAAGAUAACUCAAACCCUAUUUGUUUGAAGAAGCUAAAAAGAAAGAGGAAGAGGAGAAGAAAAAGAACGAGAAGGAAGUUAAACUAGUAGGGAAAAAGAGAGCAAGGACUAUUGAUGAUCCAGAUUCAGAGGAAGAAUCUGAUGAGGAAAACUCUGAUAACGAAGACGGUCUUGAGAUUCAGAACAAGCCAGUUGACAGAGGAAAUAAACUCACCAGGACUGAGAGGAAUCUUAAGUUGAUUAAGAGUCUCAAGAAAAAGGCUAUUCAGGAGCAGAAGAAGGAAAAGGUAUUUGUUCAAAGUUUAGAUAAGCUCCCACAAUACAUCUAGCUAGAUCAAAUUCAGAAAAAGAAGAUUCAAAAGGGAAUGGAUAAAAGGUAUAAGGAAAAGCAAGUUGAAAAGUAAAUUCAAGAGAAGGUGGGUGUUGUCAGUAAACCAGCUAGAAUAGGUAAAUACAACUAUCAAAUGAAGAAAAUCGAAUUCCAAACUGAGGAUGAGUUGGCUGCUAACUUGAGACAACUUAAACCACAAGGACCAGGAGACUUGCUUGUAGAUAGAUUCGACUCAAUUUUCCGUCGCAGAAUGAUCGAGCCAGCUGAGCCUCUCAACUCAGAUAGAAAGAGACUCAAGAAACAAAAGUUCAAGUGGCAUUAGUCCAUAGGUGGCAAAGGAGCAAAUAAAUUAGCAAAGAAAAACGAAGUGAGGAAAAACAAAAACACUAAGAAGGGUCAAUCAAGUGCUCAAAUGCUUCAAAACGAUCUCAUUUUAAUCUGA